AUGUGUUGGAACGAUUGUUAUUACCUUCGCUCCUUCGUGGCAGACUAUUAUCGAGAUUCAUCAUCAGGAAAUGAAAUGGAAUUAACCGUUGUUAGGAUAAUUUAUUUAGAAAAGGAGGAAUUGGAAAUGGAUUUGAGUAUUAGUCCAAAUGCUGAGCUCACGCUGGAUAGUUUUUGCAAGUGGCAAGCGAGUGUUAAUGUCGAUGAUAUAAGUAGUCCUUACCAUCAUGAUAUUGCCAUUUUAUUGACUAGGUAUGAUAUCUGCUCAGACAAUAUGUCAAACUGUGGACUAUUGGGCCUGGCUCAUGUUGGCACAGCUUGUACGAAAGAUCAGAACUGUGGCAUUAACGAGGAUACUGGACUCAAUCUGGGAGUCGUUGUGGCACAUGAAAUGGGUCAUGUCAUGGGUUGUUCUCAUGACGCAGAAGAUAUUUCAGGAUGUUCGUCCAAGGCAGAAGAUGGUUCAUACCAUGUGAUGGCCCCAUACGUUCACUCGCAUACAAAUAUUUGGUCCCCAUGUAGUAAAAAGUUUAUGACAACUUUGUUCGAGAAUGAUCUAGGGGAAUGUCUGAACGACAGGCCUCAAGAAACAUUAUACAAAUUCGCUGAGAUGUUACCUGGUUCGGUCUAUGAUGCUGACUAUCAAUGCAAUAUGAUAUUCCCUGGAUCAACGUUGUGUCACCAAGAACCAGAGAACAUUUGUAAGAGACUUUUGUGCAAAACCAAACCGGAUUCUUGCACUACGUUGGGCGAACCUCCUGCAGAUGGUACAAAAUGUGGAGAGAACAAGUGGUGUUACAAUUUAAAAUGCAUCGAGGAGGGGACACGUCCUGAUGCAAUAAACGGUGGAUGGGGUGAGUGGAGUGAUUGGGGAGAAUGCUCUGUUAGUUGUGGCGGAGGUGUUUCGUAUUGCAAGAGACAGUGUAACAACCCUGUGCCAAAACACAAGGGGAGGUACUGCAUCGGAAUUAAGAAGAAAUUUAGAAUGUGUAACACCCAUCCCUGUCCUUCAGGUACAAAGUCCUUUAGGGCCCAACAGUGUAGUGAACAUGAUAGUAAACUGUUUAAUGGGAAGUUAUAUACUUGGAUCCCAUACUAUGAAUCCGACGAUCCUUGUGGUUUGUAUUGUAUAAACGAACAUUUCUUCAGCAAAUUGGAACCUCGCGUAAAGGAUGGCACCAAGUGUAGAAGUGGCUCAAGAGACACUUGUAUUGGGGGUGUUUGUAGGAAGGUUGGGUGUGAUUGGGUUUUGGAUUCUGAUGCGGUUGAAGACAUUUGCGGAGUUUGUAAAGGUGAUGGGACUCAAUGUAAGAUUGUCGAGGAGGUUUAUAAGGAUCCUCCAGGGAACGAUUAUACGAAAGUCAUAAUGAUACCAAAAGGAGCAAGGAAUGUUCUUAUAGAAGAGCUCGAUCCCUCAGAAAACACUAUCGCUAUUAGUUCAGCUGACGAAAAGCAUUUCUUACUGAACGGAAAACAUAUAGAACAAUUGGACGGUGAUUAUAAAAUGGCAGGAACCCAAGCUAUUUACAGUCACCCUGAACCGGAGAAAGAGUUGUUGACAAUUUCUGGACCGUUACAAGAAGAAUUGGUGUUUUUCGUAGUGUUUUUUAAAAAGGAAAAUGUGGGUUACAAAUACAAAUGGUCUGAACCAAGAUCACAAAUUUCGUAUUUACCCCGCUACCACUGGGAAUUUACUGAAUUCGAAUCUUGCAGUAGUAGAUGUGGUGGUGGUAUACAAACUGCAAGGCCCAUGUGUCUGGAAGAGAAGGCAGGAAGGGUUGAUGAGAGCUAUUGCGACCCCGUUGAUAAACCUCUUCCUAAGACACGAAUUUGUAAUUCCAAUCCUUGUCCAACAAGGUGGAAAGUUGACAGAUGGUCUUCUUGUUCUGGUUGUAAAUUUCGUUCUGGUGUGAGGUCUAGAUCGGUUACAUGUGUUAGAGACGCAGCUAUUGCUGGUGAAGAUGACGUGGUCGUUGAGGAUUCUGAAUGCACAGGUGUUAAGCCAGCUUCAAAAGAACUGUGUAACAGUCUUAGACCGUGUCUGAAAUUAAGGAAGCGUUCUGAUGAGCUACCUGAAGAUCAAACCGAAGAAAUUUACCGCCAGACAAAGAUGCCGUCACAUUUUGAUUCAAAACCGAUGGGGUUUUAUUUAGUAACAUUCAAGGAUUUUAAUCGCAAAUUGUUGCAAAAGAUGAGAAAGGAAG